AUGGAAUCCAAGCUUGUAUCAAGGUGUAUUUCACCUCCAGAAUAUAUAUCGAAACAAAUCUGUUUUAUAAUGAAUAAUCUUACUGAAUAUAAUCUAAAAAGUCAAGUAGAUGAAAUCACUACUAUUAUACCAUAUUAUUUUACUCAAUGGCUUGCUUAUUCAAUUAUAAAUCGUAUUGCUUCAGAACCAAGUCAACAUAAUGUAUACUAUAAGUUUAUAACAAUGAUUUCAGAACAUUAUACAAAUUUUGAGACAAUGAUGUUAGAAAUUUUAACAAAAGAAAUUGAUUAUUUAUUAAAACUACCAAAUCUUAAUGUUUCUAAUGGUAAAAUAUUAAAAUAUUUUGGUGGAUUUUUGGGUCGUUUAACAAUGGCCUAUGAUAUUCCUAUACAACUAGAUAUCAAAUCAUUAAUUUAUACAACUUUUAAAGAUAAACCAAACUUAUUAGAUUAUAUCAUCUCAUUUAUAUCGGAAUUAUUAAAAAAUAUAAAAUAUAGUAAACGAAUAAAACUAUCUAAUCCAUGGGUUACAGAAAUAUUACAAGUCAUUAAAGAAUUACAUCAUAUCACUGAUAAAUUAAAUGUACAAUUUGAAAUUGAAUUAUUGUUUAACUUUUUAGAAUGUGAUUUUAAUGAAUGGAAAUCUACUUAUUAUCUUAGAAGAUGUAUUGAAAAAAAAUGA